AUGGAUUUUAGUUCCUCAUCAGUGUUUGAUCAGCACAAAGGUGAUGCAGCAGAAGAGAUUGACUUGACUGUGGUUUAUCAAGCAGCAGCUAAUGGUGAUGUGAACACACUAACUGCAGUGAUUCGAGAAGAUCCUUCCAUCCUGGAGUGCUGCGACAGCGACGGUUGCACACCUUUGAUGCAUGCUGUGUCAGGACGCCAGGUUGAUACAGUGAAGCUUCUGCUGAAGAUGGGAGCCAAUAUUAAUACUCAAGAUGCUUGUGGACGUACCAGUUUAUCUCUGGCAACUUAUCUGGGCUGGCUGGAAGGCUGUGUCAGCCUGCUCAGAAAUGGUGCUAAGCAGAACAUACCCGACAAAAACGGGAGGUUGCCACUACACGCUGCUACCGCAGAGCCUGACGUGAGGCUUCUGAAUGUGCUUCUGCAGCAGUCAAAUGUUAGUGAAAUUAAUCAUCAGGACAAUGAG